CAUUUGGUUGCCAGCUUGGUAGUACAUUGUGUCAUUGUGCUACUUUCUAUCAUUGGGUGAUUACAGUUGCUUAGUCGUAGUUGCAGUUCAAAGUCCAAAGACUUUGAGCCGUAAAAUAAUUUAAAGAUUUACCCUUUAUUUCAAGAACUCUUAAAAUGAAUCCCAUAUCAAAAGUUGUGCGUAGCACACGACCCAUCUACAGGAAUCUAUCUACAACUUCUGCUCUUGCCACUUCAAGGGCAAUUCCUACCACAGGGUUUUGUUUUGAACUAAAUGAUGAGCAAAAGGCACUGCAGGAGCUGGCCCGUAAGUUCACCAGGGAGGAAAUCAUACCGGUUGCAGCUCAGUAUGAUAAGUCUGGUGAAUAUCCUUGGCCGAUCGUUAAGAAGGCGUGGGAGAUCGGCCUUAUGAAUGGACACAUCCCCGAGCAUUGCGGGGGUAUGGGGAACAUUGGUGUAUUUGAAGAAUGUCUUACGGCAGAAGAAUUAGCGUACGGCUGCACAGGCAUUACUACUGCAAUUGGAGGAACUGGUCUUGGACAAACCCCAGUUAUCAUUGCUGGCAAUAAGGAACAACAAAAGAAAUAUCUCGGGAGACUUAUUGAUGAGCCCCUUGUUGCUGCGUAUGGUGUAACUGAGCCAGGGGCAGGUUCCGAUGUUGCUGGUAUAAAGACUCGUGCAGAGAAGAAGGGCGACGAGUGGAUUCUCAACGGUCAGAAGAUGUGGAUCACCAAUGGUGGUGUCGCCAACUGGUAUUUCGUUCUGGCUAGAACCAAUCCAGACCCGAAGUGCCCGGCGAGUAAGGCUUUUACUGGCUUCAUUGUGGAGAGGGAGUGGGCUGGAGUCACACCAGGACGCAAGGAACAAAACAUGGGUCAGCGCGCGUCGGAUACUCGAGGCAUCACUUUUGAAGAUGUCCGCAUUCCAAAAGAGAAUGUCCUCAUCGGGGAAGGCGCUGGCUUCAAGAUUGCUAUGGGAGCAUUCGACAAAACAAGACCACCGGUGGCAGCUGGAGCUACGGGACUCGCUCAGCGUGCAUUGGACGAGGCAACGCGAUACUCUUUAGAGCGUAAGACAUUUGGUGUUCCCAUUGCUCAACAUCAGGCGGUCGCGUUCAUCUUAGCAGAUAUGGCGAUCGGUGUAGAGACGGCUCGCUUGGCGUGGCAACGAUCAGCUUGGAUGGUCGAUCAUGGUCAAAAGAAUACAAUAAUGGCAUCAGUGGCGAAAUGCCACGCGUCAGAGAUCGCGAAUAAGGCGGCAUCUGACGCUGUACAAGUGUUUGGUGGAAACGGAUUCAACACUGAAUAUCCUGUAGAAAAGCUCAUGAGGGAUGCCAAAAUCUAUCAGAUUUACGAAGGCACCUCGCAAAUUCAGAGACUUAUCAUUUCCAGGGAAAUUUUGACCGCUGCCAAACAAAGCAAUGCCUAGUUGAUACAUUUGAUUUUUUUUAAUAACAGCUAAAUAACGUUUAUCCU